CUUGAUGUUCUGGACUAACUGGAACGAGCAGAAGCCGAGCAUCAUGAGGUCGACUUUAACCGGCCGGAACCUCCGCGUCAUUGUUAGCGUAGAUGUCAUCACCCCUAAUGGACUCACCAUCGACCACAAAGCCGAAAAGCUGUAUUUUUCCGACGGCAGUCUCGGCCACAUCGAGAGGUGCGAUUACGACGGCUCGCACAGAUACGUCAUUGUAAAAUCAGGACCCGGAACGUUCUUUGGCUUGGCAAUUUACAGAGACUUCAUCUUCUGGUCCGACUGGACGCGGCGGGCCGUGAUCCGCUCUGAUAAGUUCACCGGAGCCAAUACAAAAGUCCUCCGUGCUGACAUCCCUCAUCAACCGAUGGGAAUCGUGGCAGUUUCCAACGACACCAACAGCUGUGAGUCAUCCCCCUGCAGCAUGAAUAAUGGAGGGUGCCAUGACCUUUGCCUUUUGACUCCACUUGGUGUGGUAAACUGUACUUGCCGUGGAGAACGGAUAUUACUGGAUGAUAACAGAUGUGUAUCCAUGAAUUCCUCCUGUAACAUCCACUCUGAGUUCCAGUGCGGAAACGGGGAAUGCAUAGACUACCAACUGACAUGUGACGGCAUUGCGCACUGCAAAGACAGAUCGGAUGAGAAGAUGCAGUAUUGCGAGAACCGUAACUGCAGACAUGGCUUUAAAUCAUGCUAUAACCAGCGCUGUGUGGCCAACCAUCGAUUCUGUAACGGCGUGAAUGAUUGCGGGGAUAACUCGGAUGAAGUUUACUGUAACA